AUGUUGUACGAUCCACAAGAAGAUACUGUGAGGAGUUUCAAGCAAGUUGAUUAUGCUAUGUUGAACUAUUCAAAGGCUCUUGAAAACCUUGCCGUAAUAAAGCCAACAAAGGUUUUGAACUCAGGGAAGCAGUGUAAAUAUUUGCAAGCUUUGAGCGAAUAUCUGGAUGUAAUGACAUGUGAUCCACGCCAAGUAUGUCCACUUCCUACUAUUACUCCUCAGGGAAACACGUGCCAGAAGCGAUUCCUGCGUACGCCAUUGAAUAUCCUGGGAGCUAAGGUGCUGAGCCAAACUGCAAAUAUGAAAGCCAAACAUAGUAAGCAGGAGGACGAAGAGGAAGAGGCCGGAUUUGUUGAUCGGUUCGACAAUCGGUGGAUGAUGACGGAAGAGGAUAAGAUUCAGGCGAAGCUAAAGGAACAAUCCGACACACUAUGGUACGUGAUUAAUCAAAACUGGGACUAUAUGGAGCGAUCCAAAGCGAUCAAAGGAUUGUUGGAAACUCGACAUUUUAGAGUGGCAUGUGUUGUCGCAGAUCCCGAUGCUAUUUUGGCUGGCCACCACCUAUGA